GCUCGGCCGCCGGCGGCACCGGGCCGGCGCGGGAGCGCGAUGCGCGCGGGCGGGGAGGCGCCGCACCAGGUGCUGGGCCGGCUGCGGUUCCUGCUGCAGUGCAGCGAGUGCUUCCGCCGCGCCCGGGCGCUGCCCGCCGCGCUCUGCUACGUGCCGCGGGAGGUGCAGUACAAGAUCUGCAAGGACCCCGCGGCCGCCGCCGCCGCGGCCGCCGCCCGCAGCCUGCUCAGCGUCUGGGACAGCCCGGGGCCGGCGCGGGGCGGCAAGCGGGCGGCGCGGGCCACCAUCGAGGUGCGGAAGGGCGGCUGCCUCCGCGCCACCGGCGAGGAGUACUGCAACGGCGCCGGGCUCUGGGUGAAGCUCAGCAAGGAGCAGCUGGAGGAGUACAAGAGCGGCUGCGACCUGGAGGAGGGCUGGGUCCUGGUGUGCAAGCACGCGGAAGGGGGGGACAGGCUGGUCCCGGUUGAGUCCACGGAGAGGAUCCAGAGGCAGCAGCAGCUCUUCGGGGUCGAUUACAAGCCCGUGAUCAGGUGGGAGCAGGUGGUGGAUCUGACAUACUCCCUGCGCCUUGGAGCAAAACCCAAGCCCAUGGAGCAGGAUGAGGCUGCAGUAGAGAAGCUUCGGUAUGUGCCUCCAACGUGGACUUACGAAUGCGAUGAAGACCUGGUACAUUUCUUGUAUGAUCACAUUGGGAAGGAGGAUGAGAACUUGGGUAGCGUCAAGCAGUAUGUGGACAGCAUCGAUGUCUCAUCCUACACUGAGGACUUCAAUGUGUCAUGUCUGACCGACAGCCACAUGGACACCUACUGGGAGAGCGAUGGGUCCCAGGGGCAGCACUGGGUGCGGCUCAACAUGAAGAAAGGCACCAUCGUCAAGAAGCUCCUGCUGACAGUGGAUACAACCGACGAGAACUUCAUGCCCAAGCGGGUUGCCGUGUAUGGGGGUGAAGGGGACAACCUGAAGAAACUGAACGACGUUGGCAUUGAUGAGAGCUACACUGGGGAUGUGUGUGUCCUUGAGGACAUGACGACACACCUGCCUGUCAUUGAGAUCCGGAUUGUAGAGUGCAGAGAUGAUGGGAUUGACGUUCGACUCCGAGGGAUCAAAAUCAAAUCCUCUCGACAGCGGGACUUGGGGCUCAGUGCCGACAUGUUCCAGCUGGCUAAUUUAGUGCGCUAUCCGCGCCUAGAAGGAACAGACCCUGACUUGCUCUACCGGCGGGCUGUGCUCAUUCAGAGGUUCAUCAAGCUCCUGGACAGUGUACUGCAUCACCUAGUGCCAGCCUGGGACCAUACUGUUGGCACAUUCAGCAAACUCAAGCAUAUUAAGCAGUUCUUGCUGCUGUCCAAGCGGCGCACAGCUCUCAUUACCCAGUGUCUGAAGGACUCAGAGACCAGCAAGCCCAACUUCAUGCCACGGCUCUAUAUUAACCGGCGCCUGGCCAUGGAGCACCGAGACAACCCUGCCCUGGACCCCAGCUGUAAGAAUGCUGUCUUCACUCAGGUCUAUGAAGGCCUAAAACCCUCUGACAAGUUUGAAAAGCCCCUAGAUUAUAGGUGGCCGCUGCGCUAUGACCAGUGGUGGGAGUGCAAAUUCAUCGCAGAGGGCAUCAUUGACCAAGGUGGCGGUUUUCGGGACAGCCUGGCGGACAUGUCAGAGGAGCUCUGUCCCAGCUCAGCAGACACCCCUGUACCCCUGCCCUUCUUUGUGCGCACAUCGAACCAGGGUAACGGCACUGGAGAAGCCAGGGACAUGUAUGUCCCCAACCCCUCCUGCAAAGACUUCCCAAAGUAUGAGUGGAUUGGGCAGAUCAUGGGAGCAGCUCUGAGAGGCAAGGAGUUUCUGGUCCUGGCUCUUCCUGGCUUUGUAUGGAAACAAUUAACAGGGGAGGAGGUCAGCUGGAGCAAAGACUUCCCUGCUGUGGACUCUGUGCUGGUGAAGCUGCUGGAGGUGAUGGAAGUCAUGGACAAAGACACCUUUGAGUUCAAGUUUGGGAAUGAGCUGACCUACACAACAGUGCUGAGUGAUCAGCGCAUGGUGGAGCUGAUCCCCAAUGGCAGCAGCACUGUGGUACGCUAUGAGGACCGCAAGGAGUUCAUUCACCUGGUGCAGAAGGCUCGGCUGGAGGAGAGCAAGGAGCAGAUCAUGGCCAUGCAGGCUGGACUGCUGAAGGUGGUACCCCAAGCUGUUCUUGACCUCCUCACCUGGCAGGAGCUGGAAAAGAAAGUCUGUGGAGACCCUGAAGUCACAGUUGAUGCUUUGAAGAAGCUUACACGAUUUGAGGACUUUGAGCCAUUGGAUACUCGGGUUCAGUACUUCUGGGAAGCACUCAACAACUUCACCAAUGAGGAUCGCAGUCGCUUCCUCAGGUUUGUCACUGGCAGAAGCCGCCUUCCAGCACGGAUCUACAUCUAUCCAGACAAGCUGGGCUCUGAGACGACAGAUGCAUUGCCAGAGUCCUCCACCUGCUCCAGCACCCUAUUCUUGCCCAACUAUGCCACAGCCAAGGUUUGUGAAGAGAAGUUACGCUAUGCGGCCUAUAAUUGCGUGGCCAUCGACACAGAUAUGAGUCCAUGGGAAGAGUGAUGUUGUAGCCUACCAAGCAGCAUGGACAAUCAUUCAACAAAACCAUGCAAUGGGAAGAGCCCCCUUUCACCCCCAGGAUGUGUAUAUAUAAUAAAUGUCUAGGUAUGAAGCCUGGCUCCCUGCAGUGCUAAGCAGCACUGCUUUGGACACAGAGGUUUGGGACUUUGGCAGGGUGGGAGCUAGCUCAGAAAGUAAAUGUGAUUGCAGGAAUGAAACCUUGUCCCCAGCCAUGGAAUAUCAGAAAGGUCUGGUAGGUUUUUGUAGUGAGUUUUUUCUCCAGAUGUCCUGACUGCAUCUCAUAACUCACUCCUACCCUUCCAAGGCAGUGCUCUGCUCCAAGUAGAGAUGGGGUAGGGCCAUGAAGGUUAUGGUACAGGAUGGAGAACUUUGUGAGGUGCUGCUGAGACCAUGGGGAUGCUCAAAGAUGCUUGCUGUGUCCUAGCCCAAGUGUUCUGACCACAUUCCCUUGUCUCAUUCCUACUUCCACAUGAGAACAUAUAAAUGAGAUCAUUCAUCUGGAUUUAAAAAGAAAUGGGGCAGACUGGUGGUAGGUGCUGCAGGGGUGCCUCUGGCCACCAGGUGUCAUGACAGACCUGUAUGCCAGGGAACAGCAGGACUGUGGGUGCUGUCAGGACAGGACUCUUGUACUCUUACAUCUCACCAAAUCCCAGUUACCUGCACCUGUGGUUCCCUGCACCCAAGCACUGCAGAGGCUGCUGGGGACCUGCUUCCCUGCAGGAGAUGGAAGUUGUCUGCUUCCCUCCUGCUCUGUAGUCUCACUGUGAAUGCAGCAGGGCAUGCUGGUGGCGUAGUAGUCAUUCUCUCAGGCUCUUCAAGCCUUGGUUUUCCUCUCAAAGGCUGUGUUACAGUUAAUGUGCUGCAGUUCUUGCAGAGAUAUGCAGGGAGGGCCAAGCUCUUCUCCCCGACAGUGGGAGUUAGAGCAGCAGCAGGCAUUGGAGUGCCAGGCUCUGUUCUCUUCUGCCGUGGGGAGGGAAGUGGAGGUCUCCAGCACAGCAGGCUAGUCCUUGCCCCAGGGCAGCAGGAGGACUGCAGACAGCAGAUGUUGGAGCUCCUCAAGCACAUGACGCAGUAGUAGGUCAGUGUGUGAUGGAGGUGAUGAAAGCUUUACAAUGUCAAGACUGUACAAAAUGUUAUUUCACCUUCCCAGCCCUGAGCAGGAUAGCAGCCUACCACGCAUGAGCUACCAGAUGUCAGUUUGCUUUUAUACCCCCUCCCACAGCGGUAUUGUCAGUCUCUGAGGUCUGCUGGGCCGUUAUUACUACAGAGGCACUGAGCCACCAUUGCUGGAGUGGGGCUGAUGCUGAGACUUAGAACUUGCUCUGUGCCUAACACCUCAUGUCUUUUCCUCCCUGUUGAAGAAACCUGUUAUCCAGAAACUGCUUCUAGUCCUAAAUGAAGUCUGUCCCUUUACCUGUUUCCUUUGAAACUGCUGUAUUCCCAGAGCUGCUGAGAGGAGUUGUACUGAAAGGACUGUAGGAUCAGGAGAGGGUGUAUGCUGAGGUUUCCCGCAUCGCAGUGAGCAGGAGUCUAGGGUGAGCAAGGGUAUUGUUUCUGGUAGCUUUUGCCUGCAGCAGAGCCUUCCACACUCAGUUUGAUGGGUGUGAAGUCCUAUCUGCUGCUGGGGGCUUUUUUUGGAGCAUGAUGUGUUAUCUCAGAAUUGGGCUCUGCAACUCUGUGGCUGACUUCAGUGUCCAGUAUAGAGAGGAGCAGGGCCUCUGCAUGAUAACUUUCCACAGUGGAGGCUGAGUCAUUUGCUAGACAGUUUAUUUUAAAUGGACAGGAGUGAGCUGGUGAAAGAGUUUUGAUCCUCUGGCUUGGCCUUGGGCAGGAGUAUUGAAAAUUUUCUCUUCAGACCAAGUUGGGGAGCCCAGAGAGCAGCUGGAUGAGAUGGGAUUUGAAAUGGGCUUGUAGAUCCCUUCUGGCUGCUGCUGUUUGGGUAGAAUGGAUCUUGCUUUUUCCAACCUUGUCUAUUUCUAAGGGACAUGAUGUUGUUUAUUUACUGAGCAGAACUAGAAACAGCAAGAAAAAAUAGAUUUUUUUUUUUACAGCAUUGUACACAGUGCUUUUAGUGUAGAUCUCAAAGCCACAGAUGUGUUCUAUUGGCUGGGCAGCAGGUGGCUAGCUGUCUAAGAUGGUUUGAUAGUACUGACAGGUUGUUGGGUUGCUCAGGGUGAUGUCCAGGCUGAGGAAAGGCACUGACUGCAGUGAGAGUUCACCGCGUUGGUGUCUCUGGAGCAGGGUGGCUGAGGUGUCGAGCUGAUGUGGCUGGGCAGCAAUGGAUGUGAGCCUUUCCCCAGAAAUGUUUUAGCAUCUUCAUCAUUGGAGAUGCUCAAAACUUGGCUACUUGUGGCUCUGAACAACUUGAUCUGACUUCCAGUUUCACUCUGCUAACUUCACCUCUGGGUCCUCCCAGUAUUUUAUGACUGUUAUUACUCUGGCCUCCCUCCUUGCAGAUCUUGUACUUUGUCCUUUCUUGCUCUUCCCACUAGUAAGGGCUUUUAGCCCCCAACCUUCUCCAGUUGUUGGGUUUAUUUCCUGCCACUGAGAAAACACUGCUGCUGAGGCUUCCUAGAUUUGAGUGCCAGGGCUCCGGUGAAUGGGACCUAGCUGGUGAGGGUGGUGACUUUUGAUUUUAAAAAACACUAGUCAUUACAGGAGCCUGGGCCUAGUAGGCGGGUUGCAUCUGGAGACUCAUCUAGUGCAUUUUGGGUUUUAUCCCUUACAAACAUAUUGACAACAUUGUUUUAUCAUAUAGUUUGGACCACUCUGCAUUAUGGCAAUGUGUGUGUUGGAGAAUGGCAACAGCAUCUGCCAUAGUGCUGUUUGGGGGUGCAGAGACAUGUGAAAGUCUUACCUCAAUGCAGUGGUCAGCUUGUCCUGUAACUGGAAUUGGCUGCAGUCAGUGUGUGGUCAGAGGGUAUCUGGGCAAGUGUGGCUGCUGCUGAGCAAGGACUCCAAAAUAGCCUACAGAUGGCACUUAGUUUGCAGUGCAAAGGUGAACUGGGGACAGGGAGCUGGUAACCUGCCUGGAUUUCCUCUAUGCAGUGCCAUGUCUUGUAUAUAGUGAUUUAAAGCCAACUGCAAAUUGAAUUUCUGAUGUGAUAACACAGUGAAUUGUGGAAAAGAUCACCCUGGCUCAGCUCCAGCCAGUCUCAGGAGGCAGAAGUGUAGGUGUUAUUUUGAUACCAGGUCACGUUUCUCCUGUGAUCUCUAAAGUUGUGGGUAGUGGCUGUUGCCUGUCAUGGUUGACUUUACACAAGUUAGUUGUGACUCUGCCCUGCCUGGAAAUUUUGCUGUGCCGUUGCGCAGCAAAGGGAUGGGAGAGCCUUUGAGGGCAGCACAGGGAGCAGUAAGCUACAAACCGAAGGCUCUGCUCUGCUCUAUUCCUGAAUCUCAGGUAGGUAUGAGAUCAAAUUUUAAGCGAGUGACACCCUGAGAAAGGUGCUCAUGCCGAUGUGCUUAGAUGAGGCAGAGCUGCAAAAGAGAGGUGUCCGUGCGCGGGCAGAGCUGCCAGCAACGUGGGAGGAUGAGGAAGGAGAAAGUUGGCACCUUCAGGGUGUGUAUGGCUGCAAGAGGAGCUGGGGAUGGGAUUAAUGCUGUUACAGCUCACUGUAACUGCUCGCUGUACCUCUCCUGAUUUUCAGCUUGCUGAAUUGUCAUAGAAUCGCUUCAGGUUAUUAAUACGCACAUGUAGACUAGCUGUUCAUUAUUCCACUAAUAAUUAAUAAUUAAUACCUUGGAGUAUUAAAAGUUACAAAUAGGUUGACAGGAUCUGAAUGUCCCUACCUCAUGUAGGAUCUAAAAUAAAAUGAACUAACUAUU